AUGAAACAAGGAUGGGAAGAGACAAUUCCUGCUGAGGACCUUGCUCCCUUCAUGAAAUGGCUAAAAGAGCUCGACGACCUAACCUCAUUUCGAGAAUCGAGAUUCUUUCGAUCAGUUGCCACUAUCGCACUGGUCAUUCAAGUCCAUGUGUUUGGCGAUGCUUCAUUGGAUGUAUUCUGUGCAGUUGGUUACUUCCGAUUCCUCCAUCCAGAUGGGUCCAUACAGUGUUGUUUCAUCAUGGGAAGAACUCGGGUAGCCUCUUUGAGACAAUUGAGCAUCCCUAACCUUGAGUUGCAAGCAGCUAUACUAUGUGUUCGUCUACUGAAUGUGAUGAAGAGCAUGCAUACGAGAUCAGUUCCUAUUAUCUAUGGACGGAUAGCACUACCAUUCUUCAAUGGAUUGGAAGCCGCAGUCGCCGGCAUCCGACGUUUAUUGCAAAUCGAAUUGCGGAGAUUCAAGACAACAGUGACCCAUCUGAAUGGCGACACGUCCCUGGGCGUCUAA